AUGCCCCCUCGAAUACCACCGUCCACGACUACCGCUAUUGCCAUUCCAUCUCCACACACCCAUUGCAGAGCAUGCCUUCAGCGCUCAUUUUCUACUACUCCUCAGGCUCGCGCCCGCGUACAAAUACAGACAAAACUGCGCCGACAGAUGUGGAUAUGGUUAAACACGUCUGGGAAGAACUUCGUCCAGCCGAACGAAUUGAAUGCCGACAAGACCAACUAUCUGACCUCCUACUUGGCUAGAGACAAGUUUGCCACACCAUUCAGAGCUCGCGCGCCCUCUCCCGAGGCGGGCCCGGACACGGAACAGACUAAUGAGCUUGAAGAAGCCGCCGUCGGUGAAGAAGCUGAAGGUCAGAAACGACGAACACGAGACGAACAACCAUAUCCCUUUCCAAUGAACAAAGAGUUCAAGUCCCAAUCAAUUUUGUCCGAAGCUCUCCGAUUAGAGAUAUGGAAACGUGUUCAAGUCGAGAAACAGUCUGUGCGGCAAGUCUCAUCCGAUCUUGGUGUAGAAAUGCGCCGGGUCGGUGCCGUUGUUCGACUCGUUGAAGUAGAGAAGAGGAUGCGCGCUCAGGGACAAGACCUCGCUCUCCCCUAUGCUGAGGCCAUUCACUCAAUGGUCGAAACUACCCCCUAUACCAGAGGGCAGCGCGUUUCUCACGAAUCCAUCAACGAUCUGCCACAUCACGCUCUCACCGCUCCCCAGCUCUUCUACCCGACGUCCGAAUCCCGCGCUUUCAACCGUACCGAUGCUGGUCGCGUAUUCAGCGCUGCGCCGCGCCUCCCCGACUCCCAGGAUGUUGGUCAAGGAGGUGCACCCCUGGCAGAGCCUUGGGCCGACACUCGGCCCGAGACCAUUGGCAAGAAAGGCUACGAGAUGCACGUACUCAAGCCUGCAGAUGCAAGAAUUCCACAUCCCCAUUUGAUCAAGCACGAGCAAGAUAAACGUGACCCCAACAUCUCAAUUAUCCAGGGAGAGGCGCGUAAGCGGUAUGAGCAGAGGUUGCGGCAAGAUCAAGAGCGGAGGCAGAUAGCCCAAACCACCAGGGCGGAGAAGGCGGAGGAGAGGAAGACGAGGAUUGCGAAGGGCAGGUGGGACUUUGUCUUUGAGGAUGUGGUGGCGGACAGGGGUGUGGGAGAGAAGUAUGGGGUGCCGAGUCAAGAUCGGAAGAGAGGGAGUGUCAAAAUACCUACUCGCGUGGAAGUGUAG